CUGCGGUCUCGAGCGGCCCCGGGCCAGUUCUUAACCCCUCGCUCCGGGACGGGCCGCCGAGGCUUCUUUUGGUCUCCAGAAACCGAGCAGAGCCCGCGGAGGCAGGUCCCGCGCCGUUGACCGCAGGGCUGCCUCUUCCGAGGUGGGAAGAUGUGCUGCGAGAAGUGGAGCCGCGUGGCCGAAAUGUUUCUCUUCAUUGAAGACCUAGGGGAGGAUUAUAAAAUCCUUUGCCUCUGCUCCAGGGCGUUUGUGGAAGAUCGAAAAUUGUGCAAUUUGGGAUUAAAAGGGUACUAUGUUCAAGACAAUGGCAGUGAUGCAGGAGAGCAGGCUACAGAAGAGGAGGAAGGUGGUUAUUCCCAUGGCACUACAGAAUCACAUGACAGCAAAAGCAUAGGCCUAAAUGAAAGUGAACUGGAUUCCGAGGCUGAACUCAUGAGAAGUAUGGGACUGCCACUUCAGUUUGGUGGGACAUCUGCACAUAAAAAUUUUGAGGUAUCUAUGAAUACUAGAAAUAAAGUUAAAAUAAAGAAGAAAAAGAAGAAGCAUCAAAAGAAGUACUUAGAUGAAAUUAUGAGAGAAUCUUGGAGACAAGAAUAUGAAGAGGAUGACAUUUUGGCUUCAGAUGAUCCAUCUUCAGUUGAACGGUGUGAGAACACCAGAAGGUGUAAGCUUCAAACCAAGAAAGACAUUGAAACUGAAAAUCUUCCUGUUGAAAAUACGUUAUCUCCAAAGCUAGAAAUUACAGAGAAAUGGGAAAAGUAUUGGAACGAGUAUGGUGGAGUACUCUUAUGGCAAAGCUGGCAAGAAAAACAUUCGGGUCAAACGUUAUGCUCUGAACCUUGGAACGUUCCUGAUACAAGAGAAGAAUGGGAACAACAUUAUAGUCAACUUUACUGGUAUUAUUUGGAACAGUUUCAGUAUUGGGAAGCUCAGGGUUGGACGUUUGAUGCCUCACAAAGCUGUGACACAGAUACUUGUGGGUCUAAAACAGAAGUUGACGACAAGAAAGGUGAAAAUUGCAUGAAAGCAGGCUUACUUUCCCUUCCAUCUUCAUCAAUUGGUAGCAAAAGCUCUAGUUCAGGUGAUAAAGAUCAUAAUGAAAUACUUGAUGGAAUUAGUAAUAUAAGUCUGAAUUCAGAGGAAGUAGAACAGAGCCACUUAGAUUCUUCUGUAAGUUGUGAUGGACGUCAGGCGCUAAGUGAAGUUAACAGCAGAAGAGAAUGCCCUGCUUCUGGCCAAAGUGAACCAUGUAAUGGUGGAACCAAGGAAAGGAGCUCAUCUGGGAAUAGAAGCACAGACCAACCAGCUCAGGAUUCACAGAGGUCUUCAGAAGCAAACACAGUCAAAGACAGACCUCAUCCCAAACAUAUUGAUGGGGAUGAGAGUGAAGAAGAUCCGCCUGAUCAUAAGCCAAGCAAACUCAAGAGGAGCCAUGAACUGGACAUCGAUGAAAACCCAGAUUCAGACUUUGAUGACAAUGGUUCCCUUCUAGGAUUCCAGCAUGGCUCAGGACAAAAAUAUGGUGGAAUUUCAAAUUUCAGUCAGCGACGGGUCAGGUAUCUACAGAAGAAUGUGAAGUAUAAGUCAAAGUUCUUGGACAUGAGAAGGCAAAUAAAUAUGAAAAACAAACACAUCUUCUUUACUGAAGAGUCAGAAAAAACAUUUUUCAAGAAAAGCAAAACUUUGAGCAAGGUAGAAAAAUUCCUAAAGUGGAUUAAUGAACCAAUGAAUGAGGAAGCAUCGCAGGAGUCAGUUUCUCAUGACAAUGUGCAAGACACUUGUACAAGCAGUGGUUCAGAGGAACAAGAAACGUCUGUUAAAAAAGAUGAUGACCCACUGGAGACAAGCAAUCCAGAACCGGAAACAUGCCAUGCCAUCUCUUCAACUGGUGAACUCGAAACAGAAGAACGUGAAGGGGACAGUACAGUGGCAGCUGUUACAGAUAGGGAGGAUUGCGUUACUCAGGAUGCACCAGUGUCUUUUCAGGUAGAAACUGAAGCUGAAAUUAAAAAGAAGAAGAAGAAGAAAAAGAAAAACAAGAACAAAAAGAUAAUUGGUCUGCCUCCAGAGAUAGCUGCUGUUCCUGAGCUGGCAAAGUACUGGGCCCAGAGAUACAGGCUCUUCUCCCGUUUUGAUGAUGGGAUUAAAUUGGACAGAGAGGGCUGGUUUUCAGUUACACCUGAGAAGAUCGCUGAGCACAUUGCUGGCCGGGUCAGUCAGUCCUUCAAGUGUGACACUGUAGUAGAUGCAUUUUGUGGAGUUGGAGGAAAUACCAUUCAGUUUGCCUUAACGGGAAAGAGAGUGAUUGCCAUUGAUAUUGAUCCUGUUAAGAUUGAUCUUGCUCGCAAUAAUGCAGAAGUUUAUGGGAUAGCAGACAAGAUAGAGUUCAUCUGUGGAGAUUUCCUGCUGCUGGCUUCUCAAUUAAAGGCCGAUGUUGUGUUCCUCAGCCCUCCGUGGGGAGGGCCAGACUAUGCUACUGCAGAGACCUUUGACAUUAGGACGAUGAUGUCUCCUGAUGGCUUUGAAAUUUUCAGACUGUCUCAGAAGAUCACCAAUAACAUUGUUUAUUUUCUUCCAAGAAAUGCUGAUAUUGACCAGGUGGCGUCCUUAGCUGGGCCUGGAGGGCAAGUGGAAAUAGAACAAAACUUUCUUAAUAACAAACUGAAGACAAUCACUGCUUAUUUUGGGGACCUGAUCCGAAGAUCAGCCCCUGAAUCAUCACUGUGAGGUAAAAAGACAGAGACAAAGGACUCUGGCCAUUGGGGGAUCUGGGACCUUUAUCUUUUAACAGUGUGAGCAUGUUAAACAUCAAAGAAAACAUGGCUUCAGCUGGGAUGGAGAUGGGGGAAUCAAAAUAAAUUGAGGGGAUUUACAGUAAGUACUGGAAAAAAUAACUAUUAAAUAAAAGGAACUUUGUUGGAGAAUGGAGACAAUGCUAACUUUAGUUUCUGGAAACUUUGUGUGUGUGAUUGCCCUGCAGUACAGUAGCAAUUGAGCUGGUCGUUAAGUAUUAAAUUAAUUUUUUAUUAAUUUACAACAUCAAAAUCUGUCAGUGUUCUCAGUUUUUGUAAUUUUUCAUCAUGGAGUAUUAGUGUGUAUAUCAUAAACUUGUCACCAUUUUUUAAAUAAUGGCAGCAUUGGUGAUAAACUGUUCUAUACGUGGCCCCUAGAACUACUUAUACUUAGCCUCUGGGGUAGGAGGUUGAGGGGUAAAAGCAGAUUUCCAAAAUCACCAGUUAUUUUUAGUUUUUGUCACUUAACCUUUCAUGCAUACACAUUUUCCACAAUACAUUUUCUUAAUUGUGUAUUGUUAAUAUGAAAACUAAUUUGUCUUCCUGAACAUACAUGAUCUUCUGUGAGAUGAGUAACAGGAAGCCUAACCAAGAUUAAAAUAUUCCUGCCCACUAAUCACAGCACAUAUAACUGAUUUAUACACUCAUUGAUAGAUGAUUAGUGCUCACAAGAACCUUAGUCUGUUAGGAGACCCCUGUGUUCAAGUGAAAUCUUACCAAGAAGCCAAAUGUGUGAAGUGACUGAAAAGUAAAGCCCUGGAGCUGCUCCGUGUCAGGCAGAAGCGAGGCCGACAGCCCUCCUCUAGCCCAACUCAGGCUUUUUUUUCUUGUUAGAUUGCAAAACUUUUUGAACACAUUUUUGUAAAAAUGGAUAUAUAUUUUAACAAUUUGAAUAUAAAGUGAACACCCCCCCACACCCCGUGCCUUGAGCCCCUUCUCUGCACCCCCUCUCCCAGCUUCCUUUCCCUUUCCCAGAGGCCAGCACUGUUAACACUUUGGUAUGAAUCCUUUGAAGCAUUUCCCUAUGCAAUGAAAGCUGUCCCACAGUGAGAUGGAGUGGGAUUAUGUUAUUUUGACAUUUGAUUUUGUUUUUAAUACGUUUUAGAAAUUUUUUCACAUCAAUACAUACAUAUUUGCGUUAUCAUUUUUAAUAGUCACAUAGUACAAAUCUAUGAGAAUUUCUUUAACCAUUACUCAAUUGUGAACAUUCAAAUUGUUCCUGGUUUUUCCAAUUGCAGGUAGUACUGCAAUGUGUAUUUCUCAGUAGAAUAAAUUCCUACAAGUGCCAUUUUUAGGUCGAAGUUCAUGCUUAUUUUUUUACCUAGUAUAUAAUGUCAAGUUGUACUCCGAAAAUGUAUAUUCUCACCAACUAUGCAUGAAAGGGGUGAGUUUUCCCCACCCCCUCAAAACAUUGCAUGUUUUCACUUAUUGUUACCAAAGUAAUCAACAGACAAUAAAGUUAUUUUAAUUUGCAUGUCCUGGUUACUGGUGAGGUAUAAGCAACCUUUCGUAUAUUUAUUACCCAAAUACAUGUGUGAGGCAUCUGAUUUUUUCACCAAAUGAAUAGCUAAUUCCUGCGUCAUUUUCUAUUAAAUGAACUAACCUUUCUCUGUUAAUUUGAAAUCUAACCAGUGUGUGUGUAUGUAAUUCUGUUUCUGAAAUUCUUGCUGUUCCAUUGAUCACUUGUCCACUCCUGUGCCAUAUGUUGUUGAUUGCUGUAGUUUUCAUUAUAUGUGUUGACUGUUGUGUAUUCCCCACCCGCCACCCCCCCCAUCAUUAGUCUCUUAAAAUUUUCUUGGCUCUUUCUAAGCAUUUUCGCGUUUUUAGAUGCACUGGAAUUUCUCAAGGUAUAUUUUAAAAAUCCUUUGGGAUUUUUAAUUUUAGUUUAGGAAGCUAUCUUCAACCAUUGAAUCUUCCUAUCCAAAGUCUUAAUGUGUCCCUCUAUUAUUCUGAUCUUUUAUGUCUAUAUCAUUUUACUUGUAUAAAUCUUGCAUAUUUUUGCCAAGUUUAUUGCUUGAUAUUUUAGUUUGUCUGAUUUUGAAUGGGAUCUUUUUUGUUGUUAACUUUUCUAGUAGAUAUAUCCUUUGUAUGUAAUAAUGCUUUUAGUUUUUCUUAUAUCCAGUCACCUUACUGAACUCUUUUAAUAGUUCUAAUAGCUUUUCAAUUGAUUGACUUCGAUUUUCUAAAUAGUCAGUUAUGGCAUCCACAUAUGAGUUUUUGUCUUUGCCAAUAUGUGUGCCUCUUAAUUCUUAUUCUUUUCCUAUUGCAUUCGUUAGAACUGCCAGGAAUGUUGUGAUAAUGGCACUCUUUCCUUGCUUUUCAUUUUGCAGUGAAAGUUUAGAAGCAUUUCUAUUAAAUGUUAUUGUAGCUUGCAUUAAAAUUAAAGGCAUUACUUUUCCAGA